AUGGAUAUACCGAAGAUGCCAUACAUGACAGAUGUGCCAGACCCGUUACAGAAAUACAAAGUAAGCAAAGAGGUGGCAGAAGCGACCUCGGGGCACUUGCCCGACUGGACGUUCUCUGCAUCCGCGCUCAUACUAGAGCACGAACACUUGUACCGACUCAAAGAGCCGGAAAUCGUGGACCUCAAUCACCCACACGACGGAUGUGAGCCGUUCAAACUUUUUCUCCCGGCACAAUUGUGGCGCUCAAGGUAUCACCUUGCUGCCGUCUGCAAGGUCAGCGAGGCAGAGUUUGAACGCAUCAUCAGCCACAAAUCUUCUCUGCUGAUCUUGCGAGAGCUGGAGGAGGUCCUGGAGGGACCUGGGAAGCCAGGCACACCGGUGGCCGUGCAGCAGUAUGAGCGCGGUGAGGAGAUCGGACCCAUGCAGAACAGCCAUCUUCAUCGGAGGAACGUCGCCGUUCUACUCUUCUUUGUAAAUAAAACCACUGGAUCAAUGAUGGCGCCAAAUCCGACGACGCUCAAAUCAGCGGAGCAUUUUGGGAGAUGUAUCGUACGACUGACAGAGCUCUACCAGCAAGACCAUCAUGAUAUAUCGUUUCUGAGAAAGCGAGUCAUCUCCACCGACACUGCACGUGGUAUUUGCGCCCACGUCAUGACGCAUAUGCUCACAAGGAAGACCUCGGACCGCGCGGCUUGGGAGAACCUAGAGAUUGCGAGAGAGCAGCGGCGUCAGGGAUAG